GCCGGGAGAGCAGCGGCGGCUGCGGCGCGCAAGUCUCCGGGCCCGCGGGGAACCAGCGGCGCGCGGCAGCACCGAGGGAGACCUUGGAGGUGCUGGGAGGCAUGGACUGUGAACACACAGCAGUUCCACAAGUCACCAUUCAUGGCAGGAGUGCAGCUGUGCCUUAACCUGGCAAAGGAAAAGGGUAGGAUCGGACAGAUCAGGGAUUGCCCAUGAGUGGAGGGCUUUGGAGACCAGAGCCCAGUCAUCAGCAAGCAGGGUGAGGACAGCAUGAUGAUGGACAGUCCUGCAGAAUGUGGCCAGGGCAGGGCAGAGUUUGGCAGAGUCUUUGCUGGUUUUGUGCCCACAGAGCUGGCAGCAGUGGCAGAAAUCAGCAAGCUUGCGCCUGUACUGAGAGACCGCAAGCCCAUGGCAGCUGCUGGUGCCACUACUCUGAUCUGUGGGGACUGUGGCAAGAGCUUUGCCAGGAAGUCAGACUUCAAAGUGCACCAGCGGAUCCAUACGGGCGAGAGGCCCUACAAGUGCUCCUACUGCAGCAAGGGCUUCUACCAGGCCUCCAUGGUGCGGCGGCACGAGCGCACACACACUGGCGAGAAGCCCUACCGCUGCUCUGUGUGCGAUAAGUCCUUCGCCCGCUCUACCUCAUUGCUGAUCCACCAGAACACGCAUACCGGCGACCGGCCAUAUGAGUGUCCCUUCUGCGAGAAGACCUUCUCUGACCCUUCCACCCUGCUCCAGCAUCGCAAGAUGCACAUGGGCCUCAAGCCCUUCCAUUGCAGCAUCUGCAACAAGUCCUUCAGCCAGUCAUCCAGCUUCACCUUCCACCAGGCUACUCACACCAACGACCGCCCCUUUGUCUGCUCCGAGUGCGGCAAGGCCUUCAUCCGCUCCACUGCCCUGCUCAAGCACCGGCAGACCCACGUCCAGAAGGCCUUUCGCUGUGGGGAGUGCGGCAAGGUUUUCCCCAAGCUCUCAGGCCUCCGCUCCCACCAGCGGAUGCAUGCCCAAGGUCACCGGAUAGAGAUGGAGUUGAGGGAGGAGGAGCGGAGCCGCUGGGACGUUCCCACGCUGAGGUUCCAAGGCCAUGACCCUCUGCCCCAGGACUGUCCCCUCCCUAACUUGGCUGUGCAGCCAGAAUCCAGUUGACCCUAGGACUGUAUGUUCAACCCUGCCCAGUUUCACAUAGCUGCAGUUGGGUAUUGGAGAUAUUGCCAAUGAAAAUGUUAUGUAUGCAGGUCCAAAUUCCUCUCCAUCCCAUACAGACCUGCUGGUAUUCCACUUUCUAGUACCUGUCCUUCACAACAGACCAGAAUUCUCCUCCAAGUGGGGUACCGCAGGGGUUUGUUUUGGGACCGGCGCUGUUCAAUAUCUUCAUCAACGACUUAGAUAUUGGCAUAGAAAGUACGCUUAUUAAGUUUGCGGAUGAUACCAAACUGGGAGGGAUUGCAACUGCUUUGGAGGACAGGGUCAUAAUUCAAAAUUGGAGAAAUGGGCUGAGGUAAACAGGAUGAAGUUUAACAAAGACAAAUGCAAAGUGCUCCACUUAGGAAGGAAAAAUCAGUUUCACACAUACAGAAUGGGAAGAGACUGUUUAGGAAGGAGUACGGCAGAAAGGGAUCUAGGGGUUAUAGUGGACCACAAGCUAAAUAUGAGUCAACAGUGUGAUGCUGUUGCAAAAAAAGCAAACAUGAUUCUGGGAUGUAUUAACAGGUGUGUUGUGAGCAAGACAUGAGAAGUCAUUCUUCCGCUCUAUUCUGCUCUGGUUAGGCCUCAGCUGGAGUAUUGUGUCCAGUUCUGGGCACCGCAUUUUAAAAAAGAUGUGGAGAAAUUGGAAAGGGUCCA